CUUACUGAAGACAAGACAGGAGAGAGAUGCUCUCCCAUGCUCUUGCUAUGAACCAGGAAGCUGAAGGAAAGGCAACAGGAUGGAACAAAGAGAGCCAGGAUGUUUGUGAACCCUUCUAAAGCACCCCUGAGAACAUCCUUAUGCACCUGCUUCCCUGCUUGUUUUACAAAACAACACAAGCAGACCCACUGGAAGUAAAAAGUGAAGAACGAAAUAGAGAUGUGAGUGGCAAUAUGGCAGACAGAGCAGAAAACUAUCUCGAAUCACUGCUCACUGAUGCCUUUAAAGGGAAAGGAUUUCAAAAAAUACACGACCUGCUUCAAGAGAAGGAAGUAGAGCCUCCCCAGAAAUACAGUGAAUCUCUCUUUAACCAGCUGGACAAAGCACUGAGAAAGGAGCUAGACAAGAAUGACUUCAAGAAUGUUUCACUGCUGCUGAAAUGUAUUCAGCUCUACCUUCAAAGUGAUCUUCAAGAAGGGAAGAGCUUGUUUAUUGAGCAAGGGCUGGUAGCAAAGCUGGUAUCUUGGUUUGAAAGAGCAAGAGCAUUUGUGACUGUCAUCGACCUAAAUGAGGAUAAAUUUUUGAUGUUACUGCUUGAAGACUUCUUUGAUUCUGCAUUGGUGAUUUGCAAAUGCAGUAAUGAAGGGAAGAAAGAGAUAGUGAAUUUAUUUUUGCCUGAACUAGGGCGCCUAGUGACAGAAGCAAACCUUGGCUGCGCUUUGCAUCUGGAGGCCUUGAGGACCCUCAACUCUAUACUUGACAGUCUGCCAAGGGAAGAGAGAAAGAAGUUUCCUCUCUCGGAGGAGAUGUGCUCACUCACGAAAGACCUUGCAAAAACCAUAUUGGAGGUUGGUGAUUAUGACCUUCAGGUUGCCCUUUCAGAAGCACUUUGUAGGUUAAUGAUAAAAAAAUGGAGGGAUGACCUUGUUCACCACUGGUUUGAAGAUAAGUAUCUUGCUGAAGCUUUCAAAGAGAUCAAGGAUCGAGAAUUUGAGACGGACUGCAGAAAAUUUCUUAACCUACUAAACGAAAGGCUUGGAGAUAAAAGAAGAGUCUUCUCAUUUCCUUGCAUAUCUGCUUUUGCAGACAUGAAUGAGGUGAAGAAGCCAUCAGAUGAGAAACUGGAGGAGUUUUGGAUUGACUUCAAUGCUGGCAGCCAGAGUGUGACUUUCUAUGUGGAUUGUGAUGAGGGAGCUCUUUGGGACUCUGUGAGACUGUCAAAAGAAAAUGUCAACAGUUACAGUGUGAAGGAGAAGGAUAGACAAAAGGUUGUUAAAAUUUUGAUGAUGAUACCCGCUGCUCUUAACAAGACAGAAGCAACAAAAGUCAAACUGGUUUUCAGUGCUGAGUUUGAAAUAUUAAGUGUACUUAGAAAAGUCCUGGGAGAGGAAAAACUGGUGAUAAUUGAGUCUGAAGAUGAGACUAUUCACACUGGGAAGGAAACUGUGCAGAAUGAAGGAGAAACACCUGUGCCCUCUAAUGCACAGAGGAGGAAAAAUCCUUCAGACUCUGGAAAUGGGGAGACUCAAAAAGACAACUUAACCUCUCAGCACAGACAGCAGUUAACAGGCACUGUAGCAAAAAUGGUCAACUCUGUUGCCAUGGUUACAGUGAGCCAACAGACUGACCUGGAAGAUGCUAACCAAGAAAAAAACUCCAAAACUCCAUCUCCAGCAAUGAAAGCUAAGCCUAGUGAGAAGCCUCUAGAAGAACAACCUAUGGAUGAGUCACUACCAAAGGAUGCUGCCAGAAAGAAGAGAAACAGGAAAACAAGUUUGGCCAAGAAGAGGGCUGAAGGCAGAAAGGACCUCUAUGACUUUGAAAACUCAGACUCCUCAAGUCAUGAAAAGGUUGCUGAAGCCAAAGGAAAAGUUCUUGCCCAGAAAACUUCUUCACUAAGUCAGAGCUACAGGAAACAUCUUUUUUCUGAAAGCAACAAUGAGAAUACAAGUCCUGCUCAGAGUGAGAAAAGUUGGAUCCUUGACUCUCAGAUACAGUCGGUGCCAAAACCUGUUGACUAUACCCGAAAAAGACCCAGGGUGAGAAGUAAAUUAAAAGGAGGGAGAAUCAAGGCAAAGACCUCAAAAGGAGAUGCUAAGGAAACAAAGCACAUUUAG